UUACUCCACGAGCCAAAAAAAGAAGACAAGGAAUGUCAAGCACCCAAACCAAUCCUGCUGGACACAGGUGGUAUCAAUAUACUGUAUCCUUGGACCCCAAAGGUCCUUCCACUUCAGAUGUUCCGUAUCGGGCAGCUGGUAAUAUCAGCAGUACCGGCUGAGUUCACAACAAUGUCUGGAAGAUAUCUAAAGAAUGCUGUGAAGAAGAUAUUCAAUGCUGCUGGUCACUCUGACAUCAUUCCAGUGAUAGCCGGACUAUCCAAUACCUAUUCAGACUACGUCACAACCUACUAUGAGUACCAGCAACAAAGAUAUGAAGGUGGUUCCACCAUAUUUGGACCUCACACUUUAGAUGCAUACAUACAAGAGUUCAGUAAACUUGCUUUUGCUAUAGCUAACAAUAAUGCGACUGGUCUUGAUAAAGGUCCUCCCACUCCUGAUCAUUAUUCAAAACAAAAGUCUUUCAUUCUGCCAGUACUGACUGACAAGCAACCGAAGGGAAAGAAGAUUGGUGACGUUAAAGUUGAUGUUAAAGAAAGUUACGCAAUAAACGACACUGUCGAAGUCGUGUUUUGGGCUGGAAACCCACGAAAUGACAGAAAGACUAACAGCACAUUCCUGACAGUUGAGAUGGAGGACAAUGACCAGUGGAUUGUAAUGUACACUGACGCCUCCUUGGAAACAAGGUUCAAAUGGGAAUAUGAUCACAGUGAUCCACUUUGUGUUAUUGAUGACAUUUUUGAUGGUGGUUGUACCAGUCAUGCCAUUAUACAGUGGUUCAUUCCACCUGAUGCUGUUCCUGGUACUUAUCGUAUCCAACAUUUCGGAGCUUACAAAAAUAAUGGAGUCCAUCAGUAUCAAGGGGUUUCUGGAACUUUUAAAGUCACUAAAAUGUGAUUUUAAUAAUUAUUAUUAGUUUAAUGUUGCUGUGAUUAUUAUAAAUGUAUUAAACUGCAGCUGAAUAUGAUUUCAAUCAUUUUGUAGUUGCUGUGGCUAUUUUUUGUCGAUUUAAUUCAAAUAAUUGGGCGAAGCCCACUAAAAUGAGA